AUGGCCAGCACCAGCUACAAAGUCCUCCCUGUGAGGCUGCUUGGCCCUGGCCCGGCCACUGUCAGAUAUCUCUACAUCAAGCCGCACACGGGGGAAGACAGCCUGCCCAAGGACCGCGCAGUCUACAUCGCUGGCGUGCCGGCCCAGCUGCAGGGCACUGCCCUGGUGGAGCUGUUUGCUAGAUAUGGCACCAUCGAGCGAGCGGCGCUGCAUGGCAGCAGAGUGUCGGCGGUGCUGCUGUAUGCGGCGGCGGAGGGGCGGGACAAGCUGCUCAAGGCGGCCGCCAAGGGGCGGCCCUUAGAACUGCAGCUGCAGGAGCCCACAGGGCCCUACGGACUAAAAGGCGAGGCGGGGGGGGAGCCGGGGCUGCCUUGGGCUGGGGAUGAGUACAGGCAUUCACGCCAAAGCCAUCCGGAUGGCAAGCUCACACGCUGGGUGGAGGAGCACAAGGCGCUGAAGCCUGGCAAUGCAGAGCUGCAGCAGGCACUGGACGAAUGGAUGGAGGAGUGGGAGGCGGAGGAGGAGCGGCGGCGGGCAGAGGCGGUCAAGGCGCAGGAGGAGGAUGGCUGGACGGUGGUGCAGCGGCACAAGGCGAGUGGGCGCAAGAAGAAUGCCAGCGCCACUGGCGUGACGGUGGGAGGUGUGGCAGGUGCGGCGGCGGCGGCGCAGCUGCAGGCGGCGACCAAGAAGGACGCCACACACGCCGACUUCUACCGCUUCCAGCAGCGAGAGCACCGGAGGAACGAGCUGCUAAACCUGAGACAACGGUUCGAGGAAGACAAGAAGCGGAUUGCGGAACUCCGAGCGUCAAGAAAGUGGCGGCCCUACUAG